AUCGGCGAGUUGAAUGGUUUCAUUUCAGCAACAGAAAUUUUACUCGAUGUGAUGACGAAAAAUCAUAUUCAACGCCUUGUCUACGUUGGAGAUGCUUUCGCAGUUUUACCACCCGGUGACAACUACGGUCUUUCUGAGUACAUGCAUCAAACACUGCCGGCUCGUUUCAUGCUCGGUUGCUACGGUGAAUCAAAAGCUCGUGCCGAAUUUGUGGUCAGGAGAGCAGCUGAGAAAGGUGAAGUGAGCGCGAUAAUUCUUCGUCCCACGUUCAUAUUCGGUGAAGGGGAACCACAUUUGGUAUCGAUGGCCAAGAAGGUUUGCAUGGCGCAAGGCGGAAUACCGAAUAUAAAUGGCGAUGAUCGAGGCAAUCAUCAGUUUGUUAUACACAUUAAGAUAUACGCUGGUAAUAUGGCAGCGAUCAUGGAGCGAUGUUUACGGUGCUUGAUCGACGAACCCGAAAAGUACAAUAACGAAGUGAUUUUUUGUGUUGAUCGAACUACGUGCACACCCUUCAAAGACUUCAUAUUACCGUACAUGAAGGCCGCUGGUUUCAAGCAUUGUGAAGCGCAAAGUUAUUUGCGUUCGUUCAUCUCGGCAGCCUAUACAUCACUCUUGUCCAAAUUCGAUCCUGGCACAUGUCGCGAUCAUCUAACGCUGAAUGCACAUCGCUUUCUCAACGGUUGGACGGUCGGCUUCUCGAAUCGAAAACUACGCCUUCUGCUCGACUUCGUACCGCCUUUCGAUCAACAAGAGGCGAUGAAGCAAUCGUUGGCAUGGUAUGAACGAAACGAUUGCAUUCCGGAGCAGCGGCAGUCGAUAACCAUCGCAAAUGAGCGCCCACGAAUGGGUUGA